ACUAAAUAUCUUUCGGGUUCGGAUUUUAUCCUACCCGAUUAGACCGGAUAUCCAUAAUUACGGAUGUUUUUGUCAUUCCCAGAUUUUUCAAAAGAUCACGCAUUCCCAAAAUUAAAUGUAGUAUGACAAUUAUAUUUUGAAGUGAUUUGUUUGUUUGGCCCUUUUUUAUGAACUAGAAAGUUUUGGGAACAUAAGUUACAUGUUUCGAAACCAUUGUGCCCAUCAGGUGGAAUGAGUUGGGUUGCUAGAUUAAGUGAUUUUUUUUUUAUUAAUAAUUUAUGUGAGGUGGAAUGCUAAUUGGAUCAAAUUAAUAGAUUUUUGAAAGGUUGAUGACUGAAUGAUCAUUUUGUUAUACAAAUGGUUGAAUUUGUGAUCGUUCUUGAGGCCACUCCAGUGUAGGGAUGACAAAAAUAUCCGUAACCGUGGAUAUCCACCCGAAUCCGACCUAAUCGGGUAGGGUAAAACCCAAACCCAAAGCAUUUUUCGUGGGUACGGGUAAAACCCGAACCCGAAUAUUGCGGGUAAUGGGUGGGCAUGGUUAUCUCACUAUCCAACCCGAACCCGUCCGAUUAUACACAUGCAUAUGUAUUUUGUCUAGAAAUAAUCAUUAUUUUUCCCUAGAAUAUUUUAUAUUUAGCAUAUAAAUAUAAUAUUUUCAUGAAAUUAUGUUGUUUUAAUUAAUUUUCGUCAUUCUAGUGAAUUAUUGUUGUACUUUUCCUCUUACGUAAUGUGAAUAUACGUGUGAAUGUUAACAUAUUGGUUGGAAUUAUAAUGAGAAAUUAUUACCCAUGGAUAACCGUGAAUACCCGAAACCCAAAUGGGUAUGAGCAUGGUUUUGAUUUUCCACCCGUUUCUCGUGUGGGUACGGGUAUGGGUAAAACCCAAACUACAUUGGGUAGGAUAACGGAUAUGCACUAUCCACCCCCGACCUGACCAAUUGCCAUCCCUACUCCAGUGUCGUCAAACUUCUUCGUGGCGAUUUCUAUGAUUAAAUCCGCAACCUCUCCAUCCUUUCCAUUCAGUACUCAAACAAUAUGUAAUGUGCAAUUCAGUCCAAGAACUUGUUUUCGUGCCAAUUUAACCCUUUUCAGUGCUAAAAAAAUCUUUCGGUUGUGCCAUUUCAGUCCUCUAAUAAACCCCGCCGUUGGAUUGUUCUUCGCUUUCAGCUCGUAUUCCUUCUUUUCCACUCUCUCUUCCUGGGCGUGAUCUGAUCUGGCCGGAUUUCCCCCGGUUGGAAGAAAGACAGUUCCACAGAAGCUCAGGGAGCUUGGCGACGAAGACGGGGACGAUAGGGUUAGUUGGAUUUCUUGAGGUAAUGGAAGCUCUCUGCCCUCAGCAAUCUGUUGGUUUGUUGAUAGAAGCGGCGAUCUGUAAAUCUCUUCGCACUUAAAAGAUCUUCUAUCAAGCUGCCUGGAAGCCGGAAAUUUCCCGGUGUAGUUUGAUAGGUAAAGUAAUGGCGAGAUUCAGGGACAGGAACGAGGAUUUCAAAGAUGCGGUGAGGCACGCGGCCGUCUCCGCCGGUUACGACGAGUCGAAAUUGGCAGCAAUUAUGGCGUCUUUCAUCAUUCACAAGCCCAAGCGAUCGUCGCCUUUUACCAGAGCUGCAUUGAAAACGUUGGAAAACAUUGGAGCUCUAGAACAGUUCAUGCUGAAGCAUAGGAAGGAUUACAUGGAUAUGCAUCGUACCACCGAGCAGGAACGAGACAGCAUCGAACAAGAAGUUGCUGAGUUUGUGAAAGCAUGCAAAGAACAAAUCGACAUUCUUAAGACCAGCAUAAACAAUGAAGACACGAAUGCCAAAGGAUGGCUUGGUAUUAGGGCCGACAGUUCCAAUGUCGAUACGAUAGCGCACAAACAUGGUGUGGCUCUGAUUUUGAGUGAGAAACUUCAUGCUGUUACAUCACAAUUUGAUAAGUUGAGGGCCAUACGUUUCCAAGAUGCUAUUAACAAAAGGAUUCCGAGAAGGAAACAAAAGCGGGUCACAAACUCAAGGUCUACCGGUGCAUCUAACAUACUAGAUCAGCCAGAACUGAAGGAGUCUGAUGAAACUCAGUUGGAGCGUCCUAGACUUCAGCAACAAUUGUUGGAUGAUGAAACUCGCGCACUUCAGGUGGAGUUGACUAAUCUCUUAGAUUCAGUUCAACAAACUGAAACCAAGAUGGUGGAAAUGUCUGCAUUGAAUCAUCUCAUGUCAACCCAUGUUCUGCACCAAGCACAACAGAUAGAACAUCUGUAUGAUCAGGCCGUAGAAGCUACGAAGAACGUUGAACUCGGUAACAAGGAACUAUCACAAGCCAUACAGAGGAAUAGCAGUAGCAGGACAUUUCUUGUGCUCUUUCUAUUUGUACUUACGUUUUCAAUCCUUUUUCUUGAUUGGUACAGCUGAAUGUAAGAUUGACCUUAAUUUGAUCAGUUUAUACCAAAUUCAAGUUACCCGCGUCGAGCUGAAUAUUGAUAUCUUUUAUUACGGUUUCUUUAAUAGAAUACACCUAGUUAAUUAGAGGUGACAAAUGGAUUUGUUUGUUGAAUUCAUGGAUUUUAUUGGUGGGUUUAUAGAUUGGAGCGUCAUCUAAAUUUCGGAUCUAUUACGAAAAAUUUGAUAAGUUUAGAUAUUUAAAAUGUUGUUAUAAAAAUUUCAGGUACAAGAACAUAAUUUUUGAAGAAAGAUGAUGGUACGAAAAUUCCGAAUUGUUUGAGCCAUGGUUGUCAAGCCACUGGUAUGCCAGCUGGUACAACAGGUUGAUAUCGACAUAAAAUAAGAUGAGAUAUUCAUCAUAUGAAGUGCUAAAUGAUAAUUAGAAUCGAGAAAUCCAGUUGUUAGGCCAGUAUUGACAAAUUUUGCUCCCUAAACAAAAUAAUGUUAAAUGAGUAUUUGUCAUUUUGUUUGUAAUGUAUUUUAUUUAAAUGAUUGUUGAUGUUGAUGCUAUCUGUUGAAUUUAAAUAUAACCGUUUGGAUGUUGAUGUCAAAUGUUGUACUUAAAUAUAUGAUGAUUUGUCAUUUUGCUUAUAAUGGUCUAUCUUAUUUAAAUAAACAUGGUUAUAGACG